UGCUGGCUCCUGUACGUCUUGUGGUUCCGGAGGUCCGGAGUCGCUGGGUCAGAAUGCGGUGCACGAGCCCGGCUACCCUGGUGGCCUUUUGCGCUGCACUUCGGGUCUGGAACCCGGUCCCGUCUCAGGGCCUGGAAGCCGGGGUGCGGCCGGGGGCUGACUGUGAAGUGUGCAAAGAAUUCUUGAACCGAUUCUACAACUCCUUGAUAGCCAGAGGUGUAAACUUUUCUUUGGACAUCAUAGAGAAAGAACUAAUUAGCUUUUGCUCAGAUGCUAAUGGAAAAGAAAACCGCCUGUGCUAUUAUCUAGGAGCCACCAAAGAUGCAGCCACCAAGAUCCUAAGUGAAGUCACACGCCCCAUGAGUGUGCACAUGCCAGCAGUAAAGAUUUGUGAGAAGCUGAAGAAGAUGGACAGCCAGAUCUGCGAGCUGAAAUAUGAGAAGAAAUGGGACUUGGCAUCUGCGGACCUGCGGAAGAUGAGAGUCACAGAGCUUAAACAGAUCCUACACAGCUGGGGGGAAGAGUGCAGGGCCUGUGCAGAAAAAACCGACUAUGUGAAUCUCAUCAAAGAGCUGGCCCCCAAAUAUGCAGGGAUACGUUCCGGAACAGAGCUCUGAAGCUGGAUGCCAAUAUACUGUGGAUUGUAGUUAGAACAAAAUGACUCUGUUAACAUAUGAAUGUGUUGGUUAAGGAUAACCAGGAAUUGGCCUGUGUUGAGUGUCAGAUUUGUCUUGCUAUUAUACCUCAGAAUUUUGUUGCUUAGGCUUAUGACUAACCCCGUGCAUACUGCUGGCUCCUCACAUUUGCAGUGUGCCAAAACCUAAAAGUGCCUUUCUUGAAUCUUUCCUUCAAAGGCAAAUUGGUUUCUUUUGCAUUGCUGUGACCAUAAUACCCAACAGAAACAACUUAGGGGAGGAAAGAUUUAUUUUGGCUCAUGGUUUCAGAGAGUUUCAGUCCAUUAGAUCAGAGAAGGCAUGGUGGAGCAUCUCAAAGCAUCGUGGCAGGAGCAUGUGAGAGAGGCUGUCUGAUCACGGAGAACCAGGAAGCAGAGUGAUACCCAAAUUAGCGGCUAGGCUAUAACCUUCAAACCUUAAUCCUAGUGACCUACUUCUACCUAGUGACCAUCUUCUGCCACAGCCUCCCAGAUAGUGCCACAAGCUGGAGAACAAACAUUGACAAUGGAUUGAUGGAGGGAUAUUUCAGAUCUAAACCACAACAGAAGGAUGUUGUAAGUUAUCAUUGCUGACUCACGUGAGCUACUGAAAAUUGAUGGAGUAAAUAGAUUCUAAGAAAGAGUAUUCAUGUACAUCUCUUUGUACAAAAUCCUAAAAUUAAACACA